CCCCCUUUUCUGUUGUGGGAGUGUUUGCUACCAAGGGGAGGGACCAAGGGCUGGGAAAUUUCAGAGGGGAUAACACCUUGGGGACUGUCUAUAAAGAGCUGACUCUUGGAAACUCAUGUACCAACCACGAGCUGCCAUCUCCGACAAAGGAGCGCCGGGUCUGAAGAGACGGGGAGGGAGGAAGAAGACAGAGAGGAGGAGAAAAGGCACCUGAGCAUCUUUCACUCAGAAAAGUUUUUUUUUUUUUUGGAAAGAAGAGAUACCUUCAUCCACCAUUAGGGGGUGACAGAUAGGAGCUUGUCUUCCCAAGGGACUCAAAACGGUUGGCCAACUUUACUCGCAAGUUAGUCAUGAAUCCAGGUUUGGUUACAAGCCUCUGCCUAAUUUGCGCAAGCCUGGUCCAUGCUGUCUCUCCUGAAAAGGAUGGUCCUGUUAAGACUGUUAUCCAGCAAACCUUCAACUUGGCUUCUCAUCUGAAAGGCAAUAGUUCCAUCCUCCUUGAGACCUAUCUGAGACAUCAAGGUAGUCCAUUUACGGAUAAAGAUUUCCAUGUCCAAGGACUAAGUUAUGAUGGAGUCCCAGCGGCUGCCAUUUCUUUCCUGGAAUGGCGACUCCUCAGUGACCUUGACCGUCUGGACAAGAAUUACAAGGCUUAUAGCAUUAUCUCAGAAUUCUUGCAGCUGGUCUGGGAUGAUCAGUUUGAACUCAAUCCCACCGAAGAUGGCCUUCUAAACAUGCUGAAAGAUACCCGGCUCCAGGUCCAGGGCCUUGUUAACAACUUGACCAUCAUCAUAUCUGCCUUGAGGGCCCCACCCUCGCCUGUUACUGACCCUCUCACAUUGGACGCAGUUAAAACAAACACUUUUGAGAAAAAAGUUCGGGGAUACGUGGUGUGUUCCACGUACAAGCAAUGGAUUGAUCGGACUGUACGAGACUUCAAUCUUCUUGUGAAGAAAUACCCUUUUUAAGAUUUAUUCAAAGUGUUUUGGGAGGGGAAGAUAAUUCUUACACCCCGCUGUUUUUUACACCCCACUGUAGAUUUCUCAGGGAAUUUAGGUAUAGGCAAAAGACAAGCACACCGUAGUGUGAUAAAUCUGGGAACUUUCUUGUUAAGUUAACCCAGACUUCUGUCCUGGAAAAUCCCAGUUUUCAAGCCUUCAGAAGAAACCAAGAAUGUUCUGAGCUGAUUGGCUUCCUUGCUUGGCUGUGCAUGGUGCUGAUUGGCUCUCUUGUAAUGUUGCCAACAGUCAGUUCUGGAGCAUAAUUGAAGGCAAGAAGCCAGUUGUGACAUGGGGGUUCUUCUCUUACAUGCAUCUUUUGAUUUGAUGAGGUUUAGAGAUGUCUCUUGCAUCUGUUCAGUAGUGCUCUACUGAAGCCCUGUAUUUUUCAAUGGAAAACACAUAUUUUAAUUCAGCAGAGAUCAGGUUUCCAAGGGCUUUUCAUUAUGAGCAUUGCCAGCCUUCUGUAGGGCAAGGAUGUUCAAAAGUGUUGGGGACUCCAGUUCCCUGGAUUCUCCCUAAUGUGGCAUUAUGGACCCAUUUUGGCAGCUCUCUGGAUUUACCAAUACAGUUAGUCCUUGAAUUACGACCACAAUAGAGCCCAAAAUUUAUGUUGCUAAGCGAGACAUUUGU